AUUGGAUAGAAGGGAGAGCGGGAAUUUGAAUGAGAGGAAACGGUGCGUUCUACCGCAGGCAUAAAAUGGCAGGCAUGCCUCUUGGUCUCUAUUGCAGAAGGGCAAAGAAUCAGCGAAGUUAGGGCCGGGCUUCCUCCCUCCCUCUCUCUUCGAACGCAACCGUCUUCUUCUCCUGUGACCGAUAAAUUAACCGGCUUUUGUAUCUGCAGUUUCGACCUCGUUUUCUCAAGAUCUUCCUUUCUCGAGUUUUUGUUGGUUCUUAUCUUUGCGGUUAACCAAAGUGCAUACCAACUGUUCAACAAUUUGCCUAAACGAAUUUGUCUCACCACUCUUUUCCAUUUCUCUAAACGCAAAGCAAAACAAAUUUAAAGGACACGACACUCCUUUAUGAAGAGAGAUGUUGAAUAGAGUCUCAAGGCGCUGCUUUUGCACUGCUGCUGCUGCUCCCACAACACUAUCGCCUUGGCUCUUUGUUGGGUUGGGAAAUCCCGGCGAGAAAUUCAAAGGAACCCGACACAAUGUGGGUUUUGAGAUGAUUGAUGCAUUUGCAGAGUCACUAGGGAUUUCUAUGAAUAUACCUCUUUGUAAAGCUCUUUUUGGAGAAGGGUUUGUUGGUGACGCACCUGUUCUUCUUGCGAAGCCUCAAACUUACAUGAAUCUGAGUGGUGAAUCAUUCACAUAA